AACAAAAGUAACCAGCAACCCAUCCCCUCUUCCAUACGCCCCCCAUCGACUUCCACCCUUCCCCAGCGCCCCCAGCAAGAGAUGGGUGCCCCCAUCAGCACACUGUCCUUUGGCCACCGGACAUCAUGCCUCCCAAGAAAGAUGUUCCCGUGAAGAAACCAGCAGGACCCUCUAUCCCCAAGCCUGCUGCCAAGCCAGCAGCAGGGGCCCCUCCAGCCAAGACCAAGGCUGAGCCAGUGCCAGCACCAGUGCCAGCUGUCCCUCCAACCCCUGAGAAAACUGAGAAAACCCAGGAGCCCCCCAUCGAUCUCUCCAAAGUGGUGAUCGAGUUUAACAAGGACCAGCUGGAGGAGUUCAAGGAGGCCUUCGAGCUGUUUGACCGAGUAGGGGAUGGCAAGAUCCAGUACAGCCAGUGUGGGGAUGUGAUGAGGGCCCUGGGCCAGAACCCCACCAACGCCGAGGUGCUCAAGGUCCUGGGGAACCCCAAGAGUGAUGAGCUGAAGUCCCGGCGUGUGGACUUUGAGACUUUCCUGCCCAUGCUCCAGGCAGUGGCCAAGAACCGGGACCAAGGCACAUACCAGGACUACCUGGAGGGGCUUCGGGUGUUUGACAAAGAGGCGAAUGGCAAAGUCAUGGGAGCAGAGCUCAGACAAGUCCUCACCACCCUGGGAGAGAAGAUGACUGAAGAGGAGGUGGAGGCAGUUCUGGCAGGACAUGAGGACAGCAACGGCUGCAUCAGCUAUGAAGCCUUCCUGAAGCACAUCCUAAGCGUCUGAGCUCCACAGGUGCAGUGGGGUCGGACACUGCCCCCCCCCUUCUCCCGCAGGCGAAAGCAAGUUCCUGCCACUAGGAGGCUAUUGUUUCAAAAUAAAGAGACGGUUCCUCUCUU